AUGUCGGUUUUUCUUAACGCUCUCGCAUUUAAGUUACCAACGUCUGUUCUCGCCCCUAGCGCUAGGACCUGUUGCGUAACGCUGCUGGCAUCCAUCGGAGUCGCGAUGACAUUCCAACUCCUCAACCUGGCCGUUUUCGUCGCCGGGUACCUGCAGGUGGCUGCGGCGAUGAAGCCAAGAGGCGUCUUCCUAGAGACAGACAGGUCAUACAAGUACGAUCUUCCGACAUCUGUGACGCCCUCGAAAGAGAGCAACUGCAGCGGCAAGUGCGUGCACGUGUUCAUGGGCCUCCUUUGUGACUUCGUCGACGAGCAGGCUAACUGUGGCGAGCAGUUUCUUCGCUGCUGCGUGGGUGGCAUCUUCAGCCAGGGGGCCAGCCGCAAGUCCGGUAUGAUGGACGACGCUCCUUCGGAUCACCGUGAGCGUGACAGCCACUCCAGUUCGAAAGAGGAGUCGACCACGACGACUACAACGACGUCAACGACGUCUACAACGACAACCGAAUCGCCUGCCACUGACGUCCAGCCAGUAGGACAGAUACCUCCCUCCUCUCAACAACCCGAGCCAACAAUUCCAUCAGCGACCACCACGAGCAGCAUGUCUACCGUAGACGAAUACAACCAGUCAAACCUGGCGGUUAUGGAAUCACAGCAGUCUCCACAAAUUGAGUCGCCUCUUCCUCAGAAACCAGCGUGUCCCGGAACUUGCGUCAUGUCUUUGCUGGGGUUACUGUGCGGCUCAAUCAACCGAAACUACAGUUGUCCUACUGGUCGCGUCUGCUGCAUAGCGGCUCAGUCAGCUGAAACGAGCGUUGAGGAGGACCCGCAAGCGACAACUGUUGUCACUACGAGCAGAAGGCCAACUGCGUCACCUCUACGAGUUAAAGCCAACCAUAUUCCGUGUAUAGGAAGGUGCAUACCAGUGUACUUAAGCAACACGUGCAAAAAGCCUAGCGUAAUUCUUGUGUCGAAGAACCUUUUUUGUCCAUCUGGAAUGAUCUGCUGCAGCAGAAGCCCGACCACUGACAACCUGAAAGACCGCGGGACAAACAGCUCCGAUUCAUUCUUCCCUGAAGAAGUCAGUGGCGAUUUCGAAGCGUCUGCGUCCCCAGAAGCAGGCAGUCAAGACGAGGAGUAUCCAUGGGAAAGCCAUCGUCCGCGACCACCGCACUACGUUCCGUCACACCAACGAAUUCCCAUUCCAGUUCAUCAGGCCUAUGGAAUGCCAUCCACGGCCCUUCAAAGACCUAUUUCAGAGCCUACGCUGCAACAGCCGCAGGAAGAAGACGUAAAUUAUGCGUACUACGCCCCUGCCAUCGAUUACGACAAGAGUGAAGGCACUACACAGGUGAUCCGGUCCACAAAGCGACCACCGACCUACUCCGCACUCAGGCACCCCUCGUUACCACAGCCUGUGAUUCCAACUCCACCAUAUUACGACGAUGAUUACGAUUCAAAAUCUCAAAGCCAUAUACACCAAGAGCAUGACAAUGAUAACCACCGGAAACAUACAGAAAAUAAGGCCAGCCUGCGUAACGGUUCAUCGUUCAUGUCCCCUAUGAGCCACUCUAGCCCGAAGUUAAAUGUCUCAAUUCAACCUGUCGCACAGCGUCUGAAACCACAGCGAGGCCCGAUUGCUGUCGGCGAGGUAUUUCAGGUGAAGAACCCGCAUGCGCCGGGAAACUUUGAGCAGCAAAGAAAAUCUUGGCUGCAACGCAAUCGUAACAAGACUACACUUCAAAGGCCGCACAGGCGUCCACCACCGUAUGAUACGCCUAGCAACAGCGCGAAACCUGGGUGGCAGAGCAUAAGGCGACCCACGAAAGAGGGAGCCGAAUUCAGCGCAACGUGGGCAGAUCCGGUCAAGGCGUCCCUCGAAGUUGUUCCGGCUGCCCAUUACGCCGAAGCUGCCGCUACGAGCACAGGAUGGAUUCCAUUCCAUCAGGCCCACCAACCGGUCAAUAAGCAGAAGGUUGUCGAAAACCAUUAUGGCAGCAGCUCGGAAUUCAAGCCAAUGCGAGGAACAUUUGUUGAUUUAGCUCAUACGUCACGUAAUCCCAACGCCUGCGGCAUUAAGGGAGGCAAGAAGCGCGAUGCGAGCUCCUUCAAGCGAGGAGGAACAGAAGCGAGACCUGGAGAGUGGUGCUGGCAUGCUGCCAUCGUAGAUCGCAAAAAUCAAUACCUGUGCAACGGUGCCCUUAUAAGCGCCCAGUGGGUGAUGACCACGGCAAGCUGUGUCUACAAUCACACCGACGUCACCGAGAACAUAUACGUACGACUGGGUUACACCGACAUCGUGAGUCCCUACAACCCUCCAGGGGCCCAGACAAAGACGGUAGCCAAAGUGUACGCGCACCACAGCUUCCAAGCAGAAACCCUAGCGAACAACAUUGCUCUUCUCAAGCUCAGAGAUGUAGUGGCACUGAACGACGCUGUGUGCGUCGUAUGCCUUCCAACCGCCAACACCAACUCCAGCGAAGAGGACUCCUCCGCAUCUGCAGACAAAGCAGGAUGCGUUGUUACGGGUUACGGGACAAGCGUCUCAGAAGACGACCUCCGGUUCACGUAUCCAACCCUCCGAGAAGCUCCCGUGGUCGCUCUAGAGGAAGAUGAUGUGUGCCACGCCUGGCAGUCCCGCGCCCGACAACUGAAGCUCGAUCUAGAGGUCAAGGGCAGCACCUUCUGUGUUGGUGAUGGUGACGUCCAAAGUGAUUGCGUCGGAGAUCCUGCCAGACUCGUGGUGUGCCCCAGCAAGGACACGUAUUACGAGAUAACGGGUCUAUCUUCCAAGGGGCUUGCGUGCGGUGGUCCGGAUGCCCUAUCUGUCUACACCAACGUUUCCUCUUACUCCGGUUGGAUAAACCAAAUUACGAACAUUAACCGCUUUUAACAAACACUCAUUCCAUUCAUAACAUGUGUAGAAAUUUCAGCUUGAC